AUGCGCCAAUCCAUCGGUACCUCUCUGCUCUCCCUCCUCGUGGGCGCAAACCUCGUCCUUGCCGCCUGCGAGCACUACAGCUACACGUCCUGCGACGACGGCAUCAUUCACUGGUAUGAUCUGAACGAUGGCCAGAUCUGCGACCCCAAGGACUGCGGAGGCGGUCGAGCUCCCCCUAGGACCGACGUGCCGGGCUGCCCUCUGUAUAGUGGCACGAUCCUCAGCGAGCCAAUCUCGUACCUGUCGUGCUUCACACCCUCGAAUGCCGUUCCGUUGACAAGUUCAACUGCUGCCGGCGUUGCUGAAACAACCGCCGACGUUGUAAUCACGAGCGCCGUCUCGACUUCUGAAGCUGGAAGAACGACUCAGGAGCCGGCCAGCGAGACAAGCGCUGCCGAAUCAACUGUGGCGCCCGCCAAACCGUCGACUUUAAUCACGACCUCUGCCUCUUCGCCUGCUUCUGCUUCGACCAAGACUCCCAUUACGAGCCCAGCAACUCUCUCCACCAAGAGCCAAGCCACCCACGCUGCCUCGAACACGACGACUUCCGCGACGACCUCGUCGACUCCCAAUGCUGGAAAUACCAUGGGUGGCUCAUUGUUGGCCGUAGCUGGAGUUGCAAUCGGAGCCUUUGUUAUGCUGUAG